GUCUGAUGCUGUAUUCACAACAUCUAUACAGCCCAAGGCUGGCGGCAUUCAUCUCUUUUGACGGCUUCUGGACCGAUGCCGUUCUUGGGAGGCAGCGCUGCAGCCGGCACCGUCUGCGUCUGUACGCCUCAGCAGAACCGAGAUCUGCCGUUGUGAGUGAGGCGACAACGACCGCACGCCUCGGAAGGCUGUCGCACAUCGGAGUCACUUUCGACGCGCUGCUUUUGGAUCAGUUCGGUGUCCUCCACGACGGCUCGACGCCAUACCAAGGGGCGGUGGAGUGCUUCAACCACUUGGUUUCCUCCGGCAAGAAGAUCGUCCUAUUGUCCAACUCAUCCAAGCGCAGCGGCAAGACGAGAAGCAAGAUGGCGUCAAUGGGCUUCAACAUGGCUCAGGGUGCGACAGAGAUCAUCACGAGCGGCGAUGUGGUCUUCCAGUGCCUCUCGCAGCUGCAAGACUCGUCAGCCUUGGGUGCUGCUGAUGAGUUUCGAGGCUUCUCGGCGGAGAGGAGGCGGUGUGUCGUGUUCGGAAAUGGCGACGAUGACUGGGAGUAUCUGAAGGAUUGCGGCUGUCAAGUGGCUGAUGUAGCGGAUGCUCAGUUUAUCCUUGCUCGUGGGCUCUUUGAGCUGCACCGGGAUGCUGAAUCGCCGCCAGCAGUCUUGGGCGCGCCGCCCCUUCACGCACUUGGGAGAAGAGUAGCAGCUGCAGCAGGAGCAGCGCAGCAAGCCGACGUGCCCCAGCUGAGUGAGGCCGAGGGCCUUGUCUAUGACGUUCUCCUCCAGUGCCGCGCAGCCGCCCUUCCCAUGAUCGUCGCCAACCCAGACUUCACCCGUCCCGACGGCAACGACUCGCCGAUGCCCGGCCGGCUGGCAGGGUUAUACGAGGCCAUGGGAGGCGACGUGAGGAGAAUCGGCAAGCCGCACGGAUUGGCGUAUCGGAUAGCUGCCGACUGGCUCGAGAGGCAGCACUCGGUCCACGACAGGAGCCGGGUGCUGGCCGUGGGAGACUCCCUUCCCCACGACAUUUUGGGAGCCAAUCGUGAGGGAUAUCCGAGUGUGUUUAUCGCGGGUGGGGUGCAUUAUUGCGAGCUGGGGCUGGGGAGACAAGGGGGGAGCGAGAUGCCCGAUGAGGAAAGGCUGCGGGCUGUGUUAGACGAGUACGAUGUGAGUGCGACUUACUGUCUGCCGUCGUUCGUGUGGUGAACGAACUGCGUGUGUGUGGAUGCCUCGCUUGGCGCGUAGCUAGCUGGAUAUGAU